AUGACUGUCAACCACCGACUCCUCGAUAACUUGGCCUACGCUGGGGGUAUCUCACCAUACCAAUGCUCCGACGUCUACAUGCCUUCGACGACCCCCCCAAGGCUCAAUCAACUCGUAAUUUUCGUCCACGGUGGAGCGUGGAGAGCAGGAGAUAAAGCAGACACGCACUCUGUCGGCCUGAUCAAAAAUCUUUCGAGCCAAUUCCCCAAAGCAGCAAUCUGUUCGGUAAACUAUCGUCUAUCCAUCGGCAAGGUCAACCCGGAUAGUGACGUUACGCAUCCAUCUCAUAAUGGGGAUGUGGCGAGAGCGAUCGAACAUGUGAACUCGCUCCCUGAGCUCAAGGAUAUCGACGAAAUGUAUCUUAUCGGCCAUUCGGCUGGCGCUUUCAUCUGUCUCUCGCUCGCCGGAAUCUUCGAGCCUCCGUACCCUGAAUUACCUUGUCUUACAACCAUCACUUCCAAGAAAAUUCACGGCUUGAUCCUCGUCGAUGGCAUCUACGAUCUCGUUAAACUGCUUGAGGAAUACCCUAGCUACAUUGAUUUCGUCGCUGGUGCCUUUCGACAAAAAGGGAGCGAUCAAUUGAAAUAUUUGAAAGAUGCUAGCCCCAUCUCUUGGUCGCCAUCAGCAGUUGAUCCAGACAGUCCACGAAUCCUCAUCUUACAUUCACACGAGGAUUCGUUAUUGACCAUUCGACAAUCAGAAUUAGCAGCCACUACCUUGAGAUCUACACCUUCGCUGGACAAUAAGGUAGAAAGCGACUUCGACAGUGUUUCAGGCGACCAUCAUGACUUACUCGUUUCACCAGCACUAGCAGCUCGAAUAAAGACUUUCAUAACUGGCAGUGAAUAG